GCCUGUGUGGUGUUUUGGGGGACCCAGCCGGGAUCCCCCGGGCUCCUGUGAGGUGGGGGUGGGCCCGUACGGGGACACCCGGGUCCCUCAGGGGUAUAGGAUCCACGAGGGGACCUGAGCAGGACAUUUGGGUCCCUGAGGGGACCUGACCAGGACAUUUGGGUCCCUCAGAGUAUUAGAUCCCUGAGAGGACCCGAUCAGGAUAUUUGGGUCCUUCAGGGGUAUUGGAUCCAUGAGGGGACCUGAGAAGGACAUUUGGGUUUCUGAGGGGACCUGAGCAGGACAUUCGGGUCCCUUCUGGGGUAUUGGAUCCCUGAGGGGACCCGACCAGGACAUUUGGGUCCCAUCCUGGGACACCUGGAUCUCUUUGGCACACCCAGUCCUGGACCCCCCUGAACUUCUGCGAGGGCCCAUGUCUGUGGGAUGUGAGAGAUUUCAACCAACCCCAUCUCUGUGGGGCUGUGGGGGGCCUGUACUGAGGGUGCCUGGAUCCUUGUGGCAUGUGGGGCACCCAAAUCAGGACAUCUGGGGCUAUGGUGGGGGUCUAUACCAAGAGUGCCUGGAUUUUUUUGGCAUGUGGGGGACUCAAAUCAGGACAUCUGGGGCUAUGGGGGAUCUGUACCAAGGAUGCCUGGAUCCUUGUGGCAUUUGGGGGAUUCAAAUCAGAGCACCUGGGUCUCUGUGGGGUCUAUACCAAUGGUGCCUGGAUUUUUUUGGCAUGUGGGGGAUUCAAGUCAGGACACCCGGCUGGGUCCCUGUGGGCUACCAGGACACCAGCACACAGUGGGGAGGCAGAGGGGCUGUCACCCAAGCCUGGCAGCCCCCAACCCCCCCUGUGCCACCCUCGUGUCCCCUCAGCAGCCGCUGCUGUGGCCCCUCCAGCGCCGGCCCCGCCAUGAACUGCCGCGCCGAGGUGCUGGAGGUGUCGGUGGAGGGCAGGCAGGUGGAGGAGGCCAUGCUGGCCGUGCUCCACACCGUCCUGCUGCACCGCAGCACCGGCAAGUUCCACUACAAGAAGGAGGGCACCUACUCCAUUGGCACCGUGGGCACCCAGGACGUGGACUGCGACUUCAUCGACUUCGCCUACGUGCGCGUCUCCUCCGAGGAGCUCGACCGCGCUCUCCGCAAGGCUGUGGGGGAGUUUAAGGACGCGCUGCGCAGCUCCGGCUCCGACGGCAUGGGGCAGAUCUCCCUGGAGUUCUACCAGAAGAAGAAAUCCCGGUGGCCCUUCUCGGAUGAGUGCAUUCCCUGGGAGCUGUGGACCAUCAAGGUGAACGUGGUGAACCUGGCCAACGAGCAGGAGCGGCAGAUCUGCCGCGAGAAGGUGGGGGAGAAGCUCUGCGAGAAGAUCAUCAACAUCGUGGAGGUGAUGAACCGCCACGAGUACCUGCCCAAGAUGCCCACCCAGUCCGAGGUGGACAAUGUCUUUGACACCAGCCUGAAGGACGUGCAGCCCUACCUGUACAAGAUCUCCUACCAGAUCACGGACUCCCUGGGCACCUCGGUCACCACCACCAUGCGCCGGCUCAUCAAGGACACGCUGGCGCUGUAGGGCUGGUGUCACCCAGGUAGGGUCACCGUGGCACUUUUGGGGCAGUGACUCUGCUUGGAUCCCCUCCUUCACCUCCAGAAGGCUUCUGGGAGGAGCUUGGCUUGGCCUAGCCUGUAAUUUGGGGGUUGUUGCUCCUUGGUUUUGUCCAUCCUGGAGAACUGGCUCAGUGGCUCCGGCCUGGCUGAUGACCGGGGUGAGUCCUCAGGGCAAGGGUGGCACCAGCCCUGAGUGGUGCUGGGGCCUGGCAGAGGGUGCUGGGGGUCAGGGUGACACCCCACCCCACCCCUCUGCAGCACACUUGGUGCCACACAGCCAGUGCUGGCCGUGUCCCUUAUCACCACCUGUCCCCAGUGUCACUCCUGUCCCUGGGGGGCCAGAGCUGCCCCAAAAAUAAAAGAGUUUCUGCUUUCA